GCGAGCCGUUUUCAACGCAUUACGUUCGACACAUUGUUUAGCUUGCAGAGUUAUUUAUUAAAAUGAGUACUGGCAUAAUAACAAAUACAAUUCGCAUGCUGCGAAUAAGCAGCCGCACAAUCAAAUGGCACAAACCAACGCUGACUGCAGUGCGUCAAUAUGCCACACCGCCGAAGCGUUUCUACAAAACGACCAACGUACUCUGCACGGAUGCGGGCUAUGAGGUGACACUGGAUCAUCGCAAACUGAAAACGCCAAAUGGAACGUUGUUUACAGUUAAAAGUGAGCCACUGGCGAUUGCAGUUGCCACCGAAUUCGACAGCCAAAAGGAUCACAUUGAGCGCUCUCGCAUGCACAUUUCGGCGUUAUGCUUCACGGCCAUCGAUAAUCCCAAUAAACUCACCAAAACUGAUAUGGUCAACUAUCUGCUGAAUUUUGCAGCGACUGAUACAGUGCUCUUCCAGUACGAUGACGAGAAGGAUCUGCAAGAGUUGCAGUGCAACGAGUGGGAUCCAGUGAUUGACUGGUUCAAUCAGCGUUUCGAGACCAAUCUGCAAAAGACAAAUAACAUAACACCGCCUCAGGUCACCGGAGACGAUAGAAUGAAAAUUGCUAAACAUUUUCAAUCGUACAACCUCGAAACGCUGCAUGGCUUCGUCUUUGCUGUGGACACACUGAAAUCGAUUGUGCUCGCGUGUGCCGUUAUUGAACAAAUGUUAUCGGUGGAGAGAGCAGUUGCCUUAUCGCGACUCGAGGAGGAAUAUCAGCUGAAGUUCUGGGGACGCGUCGAGUGGGCUCACGACUUUAGUCAACAGGAAUUGCAGGCACGCUUGGCUGCCGCUGUGCUCUUUGUGCAUCUUAAUUGUUCUGAGAACUUUGUUAAAGAGAAAUUACUAUUAUAGAUUUGUUGGACUUAAA